AUUGGACUUGCAGGUCGAGUCCUUCGGCUCUAUGCCCCCGCGUGAAAAGCUUGAAUUCAUCCUUGAGCAAGUCCGUCUCUGUCUUGCAAGAGGUGAUUACGACUUGGCCGCGAUCACUGCUCGCAAAAUUUCUACUAAACAGCUCGAAACUACUGAAACGACCGACCUUCGUCUCCGGUACUACGAGCUCGUCAUCCGCAUUGGAUUGCAUAAUGACGCCUACCUCGAUAUCGCAAAACACUAUCGUUCUGUUUCCCUGACAGACGCAUUACCAGCUCAGCACGUUCUUGAGACGCUCCAGAGCGCAAUCAUGUUCUUGAUUCUCGCUCCGUGGGACACCGAGUCCUCAUCCCUCCUUGCCUCCGUUCUUGACACGACUGACAUCGAGCGCCGCGCUCCUCUUUACGCUGAGCUGGGCCGUUGUUUCCUUCGCGGCGAGGUUAUGCGCUGGCCAUUGAUUGAGCAGGCUUACGGACCUACUCUCCGGGAGACUGCAGUCUUCGGAGCCGCUCCGGAUGGUAAGGGUGAUGCGCGCUGGGAUGUUCUGCGUGAACGUGUGACGGAGCAUAACAUCCGUACUCUCGCGAAGUACUAUACUCGCUUGAGUCUGCCCCGCCUGUCUACUCUUCUUGAUCUCCCUCCCGCAGCGGCCCUCGAUGCGCUUUCUCGUACGGUCACUAGUGCUUCAAGUCCGGUAUAUGCCAGAGUCGACCGACCGGCCGGCAUCGUUACUUUCGAGAAGAAGAAGGGCGGAAAUGAAGUUCUAAACGAAUGGAGUGCGAAUGUCAAGUCUUUAUUGUCUACAAUUGGACGGGUGGGGGAGUUGAUUGGAAAGGAAGAAGCGCUGGCGAGUGUGAGGAAGGCGAAGGCUGCGAAUGCUUAAUUCCAAAUC